AUGUCAAUCAAAUUUAUUCUACUCUGUUUACAUUUAGUAUUGGGUGAUUAUCUGGACGUGAAUCAAUGCUUCAGUCAGCGACCCGGCUACGAGGUGUCCGUGAGGGUGAAUGAAGUGAAAACAACAGCUGUUGUUGAAAUGAAAGAUGAAUGUCUUCGUGCCUGUUUGAGGACAUUGAUCGAGCCGGGCGAACGCUGUCUUUCUAUUAUGCACAUGCCUCGUGAUAAUAAUUGCAUAAUUUCGAAUGCGAUUGGGCAAAAUAUUGCAAAAGCCGAUGAUACAACGAAAAAGCACACAAAUUACUACGAAAAUGAGUGUGCCAAGCCACCGGUCGGUGGACAAGUGGAGGCUCGGCUCUCUGGUUACCGUGGCGCUGAAGGUGUCCUUCAAAUGGCACAAAAACACGGAGAUAAAGCGAAGAUUAUGGUUGUGAUGACAGGAUUGGCGGCUGGUAGAGACUACUCGAUCUAUUAUGCUCCUGAGUUAAGCAAAGAACAAUGUCGAAAAGUGCAUACAAUUCACAAUGCAAAAGUCGGAGAACGAUUGGUUAUUGUUGAUUCGGAUCAUAGUGGAAUGGGCAUUCAGCCGUGGACGGAAAUCAAUUGGGAAAUUCUUGAUGAUGAUGUUCUUAACAAAGUUCUCGUUGUCGCUGAGACGAAUUCUGGCUUGGUAGUUGAUUGUGGAGAGAUUAAACUUCGUGGAAAUCGG